GACAGUUUGUUGCAGGGGAGGCCCUGGCCCGUUAGAAACAAUGUGGGCAUCCCRCAGUGGUUUGGCACCGGGACUCUGGUGUUGUUGCACUAGUGAGRGUGGCACAGGUGGUUGUACACAGAUAGCAGAAGCUCCAGACUGCAGGCUCCAGACUUUCCCGGGUGCGYCUCCAAGGGCAUUCACUCUGUUCAAGGCAGCCUAAGAAGAGAAACUGAGAAGAAUUCCCUGUUUGUUUUCAAGCCAGCAAAGGCAAAUCCCUGUUGCAAUACUCAGCCUGGCCCCUUUGCCUUGUAUUUUAACAGAGAUGAACUAGAGCUGUCUCCUCCAGUGGCCCUGCCAGGGGAUGAAGGUUGGGGUCACCCUCAGCACACUCUGAGAGGCAGCUGCUGUUCCUCUGCUGUCCCUUUUGCUGACCCUAAGUGGCACCUCAGCUGAUCUUGUUCUUGAUGCAAUUUGGCCUUUGGGUUCAAACAUCUCUGCUGCUGUUCCUGAUGUUUGAAAUUCUCCCCCCACUUCUGGCCUUUCAUAUCUCAUUCUCCUUGCAUAGUACCUGGGAAGCCUCUAGUUGUGUCAUAAGCAUUAACAUCUCCUUUGAGGUUUGUCAUGAUUCCGUAACUUUCUGUUUUUUCGGAAAAGGUUCUUUUUCCCCUUGCCUCUUCCAUUCUCCCCUUUGCUUCCAUUGAGAUUUUAUCUCUUSAGCUGAAAGAGUUCAUAGAUACAGAAUUUGCAGUUUUGCAGAUGCUUUGCCAAAUACAGCCUCUGUACCGUGCUGCAAGACGUCACCAUCAUCCCCCUCAUCUUGACUCACUCUGGCUGCGAGUCGUGCUGGGCAGUGUCUAAAUGCGUCCUGCCUGUGUGCGAGGCCUCCACAGCGCUGAUAGUGCCCACGUCUCUGAGCUGGCCUCCGCUGUUCUGUUCGUGAGAUCCUCCGUUCUGCCAGGGCCAAAGGUUUCAGUUCUCUCUCCAGCUGCUCUGCUUAGAAUUAGCAGUGACAUUAAAAACUGAUAURAACAUGCAACAGUUUUGAAGAACUGUUGAUAAUGGGACAGGAGGAACUGAGCAGUAGGAGCAGAGGAAAGGAGUGUUUCACAGAGCUUUAGAGAGCACCACCUCUGCCAGCUGUCAUGGGAACCAUGGCUGUGUGACCUCUCAGGGUUCUGAGUGCAGUUGAGGUGUCCCUGCAGUGGGUGACUUCACAYGGACUUUGUGACAGUGGUGAUGUGAACUUGGGUGGGACAGCCUGAGCUGUGCUUACCUUAGCACUUCACUGCCUUAACUGAUAAUUUCCCCUCAACCUCCAGCAAAAGCGUAUUUCUAAUUGCRUUGCUCAACCCCGCUUCUGAGUGACACAGCUUUUACUUUGUCUUAUUUUUAGAACCUUUCUGUUAGGAAAUAAAACUUAUUGCUUCCUUCUCAGGAGCAYGUAGGGACUCUGAAAGGAAGAGGUCCAGGUAGCAGCAGAGCCCCUGCUGGGGAUUGAAGUUCUUUGGAGAUAACAGGACAGAACAAGAACAGUGGUGAGCAAAGAACAGAGUUUCCAAGUCAAACUCAAGAAAUUUCCAGAUUUCUGGACUCCCCACCCAGCAACCAAAGCAUCAUAAUGGGCUUCUGUCCAAAAGUUAUCUUGAAGAAUAUUGUUCAGGCUGGAAAGUCAAGUGCUACACUGUUAAAGAAUGUCCUUGUAGCCCCCGUUCAACUUGUUUUGGAUAUGCAUUUAAGGUAUAAUGACUAAUUUUGUAAUUGUAUGCUAAUUGCCAUCAGUAACCCAGCCACAGGUACUGCACAGCAGUGGUAGUUAUGCUCUUGGGGUUUUGUCUGUUCCRUAUUCUAAGCUGCAUUGUUUUAGCCUGUCUGCAAAAAUGGCAAGAGGCGCAGCCAUGCACCUUGGGGUGGGAGAAGACAGGGCUUGGUCACAGGGUCUGUAAGGUGCAUGCUGCCACAGCACACAGAAUUUGGGAAACUUGUGUCCUAAGUUGUUGUUCUGGCCUUUGCAUGCUUGGGUCCCCAGUGCCAGAGAUUAAAUAUCCAUCACAGUCAUCUUGCUCACAUGUUGUGGCAAGGUAUUCUGCUUUGCAUUAAAAAUUGAUGCUGUGCUCCAGUUUCCAGAUGACUUUUGUUUGCUUGCCGUCUGGUUCAGCAUGAGCUCCUCUUGCUUCCUUCCCACACCGCUCUUAGCGCACACAAACACCACCAGCCUGCCCUCAGCCAYGUCCUGCAACAGAGCAGGUGAGAGCACUGACAGAGCCCAGCUGGAGAGUAGUAGUUUGAAUGACUUGUUUAGUACAUGGCAGAGCUCCUGUGCCACACAGGUGUGGUGGGAGGCCACCUUAAGUAGCCCUUUAACUUUAUAAUCUUGGUUCUUGAGGAUUUGGUGACCCAACCUCAAAUGUAAUCAUUUCAGUGAUUUUUGAUAUAUUGGGUCACAGACAAAGUAAAAGAAGCUAUUUCUUUUUAAAGUGAGAAGAGUCCUCUUCCUCCUUUGAGCCAUGUGAUGUUAGGAGGUGGAGUGGAGAAGAGCUCUCAGGUUUCCUACUGUGUGACGCUCAGCAGGRGAGACUCUGGGAUCUGCUGAGACAAACAGCAUGUCCUAACAAGAAGCCGCAGCCAUCAGCAUUUCUGUGGUGAGAGAAUGGUGGGCUGGUUUGCCAGCCAUCAGCAUUUCCCUGGUGGGCUCUUCUCCUCAGCACCAUUAGUUGGGCUUUUGCYCUGUUUGCUAUGUUGUCCAUUCUGUUGGGAUUCAUAGGAUCAGCUCUGCAUUUGCUGGAGCUGCAGUCCCUGCAUUGGCACCAUCUCCAGCUGGGGCCCAGGCAGCCUGGCUCAACGGGGUAUUGUUUAUUCCWCCCAGGAAUGUGCAGGCGAGCAGGGACCUCGGGGAGCUUUACAGAGCAACGGGUUCUGCUCUGAGCAGGGAGAGUUACUGUGGGUGGCCGCAGCUUUGAAGGCUGCCAUGAACAGUCAGGGCAUGCUGGUSUGUGUUCCUACCCUAGGAGUGUGAAUGAGGACUGUGCAGGCUGUGCACGUGCAUUGGAGUAUGGAAGAGGGAAAGAAGACUGUCCAGGUUUGGAGAACACAGGGAGGAGCAGAAGAAAAAGGUAGAAAUGUUUUAGCAUGUAGUUAGUAAGCAUCUGUUCUUGACACAAUGGUUUGAGAAGCCAAGCAUAACUCCUUGUUUCCUCCCACUGUGUGCUGGGUACUGAUCCUGCAGCCUGGAGUGCAGCAAAUGCUGCAGCAGAUCUCUUGUCAAAGCCAGUCCCAGCAGCUGGAGGAUGCACUGACCCGAGGGGUGUCUCUGUCACUGGGGCUGGAUUGUGUUUUCAGUGAACAAACUUUGAGCAAUAAUGAGUGGAAGGAGGUAUGAAAAUACCUAGGUGRAAUGCAAGGUGUUUUUCAGUUCUUAAAAAGAUCACUGUCAGUAUUUGUUUAAUAUUUUUUAUAUUAUUUUCUCUAAUUGUUUUGUGGCAUGCUUGUCUUCUGUACAUUUCUGGGAGUAUGACCAUUCUUCCUGGUCUACUGCUCAUGCAGGUCCUUAGGUUUUAUAGAGGCUGACACAUCUACUGCACAAGAAUCUACUUGUCCCUCUUGUGCAAAUCCUGCGUGCCUGUGGAAGCCCACAUGGCAUGUUUUGGUCUGUUUGGUGAAAUGUUAGAUUUUCAGUUACAGUGCUAUCAUACUGUCCAUAGUCAGUUCUAACAGUGAUGCUUCUUGAGUGAAAUGCUGGAAUGUGUUUGGUGGAGAAACAAGUGGUGAUAGCACCUGUUAAGUUUGGUUUCCUUGCUGAUUAGUUUGUGGCACCCAUCCGUUACCGGUUUUUAUCUCAUGGUCUGAGCAGUGCUAUGGGAAUAGGAAUGGAUUAGCUGUCCUCAAACCCUUUGGGUCUCUUUUUACCUGAGCUGUUAAUGCUUUUUGUAAUCAGUCUAAAAGGUCUCUUCACAUUGCUGCCUUGUCUCUUAAGUGCUUAAAAUCCUUGCUGCAGCAUCUUUACUAGUCCUGCUUCUAUCUAAGUGAUGGUGCUUUAAGCAAGUGCCUGACAAUUACAUUUGAUGCUGGUGAGUCUGUUAUUUAAGAUUUGUUUGAGAUUUCUUACCCUGCCCAUUUUCAGCUGCAGAAAGAGGAGGGAUACAAGAAAUUGUCAGUCUAUGUGUAAAUACCUUUUCUUGGCUGCUGUGACUUGACCCAAUCUGUGCUGAAGAUCUCGAAACAAUAUUGUAACAGAGUUAAUUGCCAUCAUUUCAUUCUGGUCUCUCCUUUCAUCACCCACACUGGACCAGACACGCUCCAGAGCUAAUAGCAAAAUGGGAUAAGCAGUCUUCCAUGAAGGUAAUGUUAGUGUGUGCUGAGCAUGCAUGCAGGCAGGCUGGGGGCAGUGAUUAAUGCCCUGGGAAUCCACUCUCUGCCUUGCUGCACAAUGCUGUUGUGUCAGGCCCAGAGGCUGGCACCAAGCAGGCUGUGGUUGGGCGCCAGGAACACGUUACCUGGUUUGUGCAGGAUCAGGCAGUGAGACAGAGCCUGUGUGUUCUCAGCAGGGCGAGUUCGCUGCUGCGCCACAGUUUCAUACUUGCACAGUGAGGCUCUCUUUGGAUGCGGGUCUGCUGCUGGGCGGGGGCAGGAGUCAGCGAUCCACAGUCCUGACCUUCGCCAGCCUGAAAUCCCAGCGUUUGCUCAGCUGGGGAAGAGCUCUUCCUCCAUCCUCUGGCAGGCAUGAUCACCUAUCCUUGAGCCUUAGGCACUGACCCUCCUUCAGACCUUGCACGAUGGAGGCUGGCUCUGUGGUACGGGCAGUCUUUGAUUUCUGUCCCAGCGUCUCUGAAGAGCUGCCCCUCUUCGUGGGAGAUGUCAUCGAGGUGCUGGCUGUGGUGGAUGAGUUCUGGCUCCUUGGCAAGAAGGAAGGUGUCACAGGGCAGUUUCCYAGCAGCUUUGUUGAACCUGUGGAUAUUCCCCCUUUGAAGCAGGGAGAAAAACUGCUUGUUUGUACCAGUGACUUCACWUCUCAAGAGCCAGGGAGCUUGUCAUUGCAGAGAGGAGAUUUGGUGAUCCUGGGRGGGUCCCUGGCCUCCAGCUGGCUCCAGGGCCGAAGCAGCUGGGGYUCCAAGGGCUUUUUUCCCUCAUCAUGCGUGAGGGAGCUGUGCCUUUCAGUUCGGAGACGUCAGCUGUCCCAGAACACUCUCCUGGARGUGCCUGCCUACUCACUGGGCCAAGCCCGGGCCCUGAUGGACCUGUCUGCUCAGCUGGAGGAGGAACUGGACUUCAGGGAAGGGGAUGUGAUCACCAUCGUUGGUGUCCCAGAGCCCGGCUGGUUUGAGGGUGAGCUCAGAGGCUGCAGGGGCAUCUUCCCAGAGGGUUUUGUGGAACUGCUUACUCCUCUGAGAGCACCAGGAGCCUCAACAGAUCCAGAGCCCACUGGGACUUGUGACACCAAUGGGACAGUAGAGAUGACCCCCAAAGAUGACAAGGAGCCAGGCACUACUUAYGGCGUUGCCCUCUAUCAGUUCCAAGCCCUAGAGUCCAAGGAACUGGAUUUUGAUGUGGGUGACAGGAUUCGGAUUGUAGGCAUUCUGGAAGAUGGCUGGCUGGAAGGGGAGCUGAGAGGAAAACGUGGCAUCUUUCCUCACAGAUUUGUGAAGCUGGAAGCCUCUGAGGCUUGCAGGGAAAAGGUGGGUGCUGGGGAUCUGCAAGGUGGAGGCAGUUGUGGAUUGACCAUUCGUCAAGAUCCAGAAAGUACUUGCACUGAAGCUCCUGCUUUGCCAGGGAAAAAUAGCAGGGAAAAGGAGGAUGGCUUGGCUGCAUAUCCUGAGCCUGCUGCCWCUUUGUCUCACAAGGCAGGGAGGUCAGAGGGUCCUCUUGGCACUGAUUUGAAACAGCACGAGGCCUUUCCCAGCACAGGACACCAGGAGCCACAUCCCAAAGGCACGAUGUGCUCCAUCCCCUCUAACUACACAAAAACAGUCAAUGGCAUUCUCCCCUCUGCUCAGCUGCCUCCCCCACAGGGCAACAAGUCUGGCCAAGCAGGUGAGCUGGAGCCCGGGGGGACCAUUUCAGCCUCCCUAGCAAACUCAGAAACUCACCCCCUCCCUAAGCACGAUGGAGACAGCCCCACAGUGCCCUUGCAGGCUCCAGACUUCCCCCAAGAUCCUUGCAGAAACCAAGCGAUUUCAUCUCCUAACAGCUGGGCAGCAUCCCAGCCCCAGGAGAGCCAGAGCAGCACCCAGGGCCUAGACAAUCAGAUGGACAGUAAAUUGGAGAAGUUCAAGCCCUGCUCCUCCAGCUUAGGAUCUGCCCAGGUGGGCCUGGACACACGGGCUGGGAGCUGGGGGGAGCGCAGCCCACUUGCAGUGCAGGGGGAUGGCUGCACAGACCUCGACUCCAAACUGACAGAGCAGCUGGCCCAGUUUGAGAAGAGUCUGUCGAGUACUGGUGCGGAGCAGGACAAGGUCUCCCGUCACUUCUCUAUCUUGGACUACAGCUCUGAGAAGGACAUUGUCCGUGGCUCUCCUGAGUCUGUGUCCCACUCCAGGCACACAGAGAGGAGGAGGGCCCUGAGGCCGCCCCCUCCUCGGCCCAGCAGCCUCAUGACAAGCCCUGUGCACACGCAGGGUGGCCCAGUGCCCAAAGGCAGGUCUCUGUCCUUCUCAGUCAAACCCUCCCGCCCUGCGCCCCGGCCUCCAUCCAGCAACCAGCGGAAAAAUGUGGCCCCUGCACAGCUUCAGCCCAGCACCCCAGAGCAGCGGGCAGAGGAGGGACGUGAGGACUUGACACAGGCAGGAUCAGCCUCCCCCAGCUCCAUCCUGCUGACUAGAAUUGGAGAGGUGGAGCGAGAUCUGGAGGCGUACAGCAAGACCCGUGCYGAGCUAAGCCUGAUGCUGGAGGAGCAGCAGGAUGAACUGGUGAGAGCAGAGACCAUGGAAAACCUUGAUUUCUGUGACUCCAACAUUGAGAGCCUCAGAGUGGAGCUGCAGGAGUUGAGAGAGAUGACUCUCCUGUCCUCCCAGACACCAUCCCUGGAGCCGUCCUCGGCCACCACUGAGAGUGCAGAGCAAAGRAUGCUGGAGAAGAGGGCCAAGGUUAUUGAGGAACUGCUCCAGACAGAACGGGACUAUAUCAGAGACCUGGAGAUGUGUGUGGAGAGGAUCAUGGUGCCCCUGCAGCAGGCACAGAUGCAGAACAUAGAUUUUGAGGGCCUUUUUGGAAACAUCCACAUGGUAAUUAACUUCUCCAAGCAGCUGCUGUCCACCUUGGAGGCUUCAGAUGCUAUUGGGCCAGUGUUCCUGACACAGCGUGCAGAGCUAGAGAGUGUCUACAGGGUGUACUGCCAGAACCAUGAUGAGGCCAUCGCACUGCUGGAAACAUACGAGAAGGAUGAAAAGAUGCAAAAACUACUUCUGGACCUACUGGAUAGCCUCAGGAGCCUGUACAGUGAGUGGGGUUGCACAAACUACAUUAACCUGGGCUCCUUCCUCAUCAAGCCAGUGCAGAGGGUGAUGCGGUACCCACUGCUGCUGAUGGAGCUGCUGAGUGCCACCCCCGAGGCUCACCCUGACAAGGCACCACUCACAGCUGCUGUCCUYGCAGUCAAAGAAAUCAAUGUCAACAUCAAUGAGUACAAGCGCCGGAAGGACCUGGUGCUAAAAUACAGGAAAGGRGAUGAGGAUAGCCUCAUGGAGAAGAUCUCCAAGCUCAACUUCCACUCUAUCAUCAAGAAAUCCAACCGUGUGAGCAGCCAUCUCAAGCAUCUCACAGGCUUUGCACCCCAGCUGAARGAUGAAGCCUUUGAAGAGACAGAGAAAAACUUCCGGAUGCAGGAGCGUCUGAUCAAGUCCUUCAUCCGGGACCUUUCCCUCUACCUGCAGCAUGUCCGGGAGUCAGCUUGUAUGAAGGCACUGGCAGCAGGGAGCAUGUGGGACCUGUGYACAGAGAAGGGAAGUGGAGAUUUGGACCAGUUCCAGAAAGUGAAUCGKCUCAUCAGUGACCAGCUCUUCUCCAGCUUUAAAGAGCGGACGGAGCGGCUGGUGAGCUCACCCCUGAGCCAGCUGCUGAGCAUGUUUGCGGGGCCCCACAAGCUGGUGCAGAAACGCUUUGACAARCUCCUCGAUUUCCACAACUGCACCGAGCGAGCGGAGAAGCUGAAGGACAAGCGAACGCUGGAGGAGCUGCAGUCAGCCCGCAACAACUACGAGGCCCUCAAUGCCCAGCUGCUGGAUGAGCUGCCCAAGUUCCUGCGCUUCGCCAAGGAGCUGUUUGCCAGCUGYGUGCGCGGCUAUGCCGAGGCACACUGCGACUUCGUGCGCCUGGCCCUGGAGGAGCUCAGACCCCUGCUGUCGUCGCUGAAGGUGUCUGGCAGGGAGGGGAACCUCAUUGCCGUCUUCCAGGAUGAGCACAGUCGAGUCCUCCAGCAGCUCCAGGCCUUUACCUUCUUCCCAGAGUCCCAGGCAGCUCCCAAGAAGACUUUUGAAAGGAAGAGCAUGGAACGGCAGUCUGCCCGGCGGCAGCCCCUUGUUGGCUUGCCAACCUACCUCCUGCAGUCRGAUGAUGUCCGAGCCGCCCUCCUGGCCCGCUAUCCCCCAGAGAGUCUGUUCCAGGCAGAACGCAAUUUCAAUGCUGCCCAAGACCUGGAUGUCUCYCUGUUGGAAGGAGACAUUGUGGGUGUCAUCAAGAAGAAGGACCCCAUGGGYAGCCAGAAUCGCUGGCUCAUAGACAAUGGGGUGACGAAAGGCUUCGUGUACAGCUCCUUUCUGAAGCCCUACAACCCCCGCCGCAGCCAGUCAGAUGUCUCCGUGGGCAGCCACUCUUCCAACGAGUCGGAGCACAGCAGCUCCUCUCCCCAGAGCAAUGCCACCCUGAGCUUCAGCCCCAGUGGGGCAGCCGUCACCUUCACUCAGAAACCCCUGCAGGACUCUGCCUCCCCGGCAGAUGUGUACCAGUCCUCACAGCCCCCACUGGAGGUGGACUCCCCCUCUCUGCCCCAGCUUGGCUCUGGUGACAGGACAGCUCCACUGGCUGGUACAGUGACACCUCAGCGCCGCUACAGUCGCCCCGAGCUGGGCUGCAGCCCCAGCUCUCGCAACGGGCACCUCACCAAAGCACAUCUCAGGCCCACACCCUCGGUGGAGGACAGAGACUCYGGGCUGGAGAACAGCGAGUCAGAGGGCAACCAGGUCUACUAUGCUCUCUACACCUUCAAAGGCCGAAACACCAAUGAGCUGAGCGUGUCAGCUAACCAGAGACUCAGGAUCCUGCAGUUUGAGGACAUCACAGGCAAUCAGGAGUGGUGGCUGGCUGAGGCCCAUGGGAAGCAGGGCUACGUGCCCUCAAGUUACAUCCGGAAGACAGAGUACACGUGAGGCAACAGACAGGAGCCUGCACCCCAUGCCUUGUUCCUGCUGGAACUGCUAGAGGUCUGGGGGAAGCUGGCCAGCCCUGCAGACCCCACUGCUCACCCUGAGGCUGUGCCUCUCACAGCUAUGCAGUGCUCCUGGGCCCCAAGACACUGGCUGCCAUCACCCCUCCAGGGGAGGAAGAAGGAUGGGCUGGCCAGGUAGGCAGGAGCAGGCAGCUUGUGUGAGGCAGGGAUGAUUUGACCURUGCUGUUUGAGCCUCCUGUGUCCAGCCAGGAGCAGGGGAGCAAAGCUUGGGGCUGUGGCCUGCCCCAGGAGGGUAAGGCUUGACURAGRCUGAGGAGCUGCUGUGGAUUUCAAUUGUGGAAGGCUAAUGCCAAGUUUCUGGAGAUUGGCUGUAGUCAAGUAGUAUUAAAAGCAGCCCAGACCUUGUGGAUGUGCUCCCUGUGCAGCAGGAGCCUGGUCUCACCUGUGUGUGCAGGACCCAGGGUGGGACGCUUACACACUGGCUGGGGCAGCAGCUCUGAGGUUGCCUGGGAAUAGUUGAGCUCCAGGCCUGGGAUGGGUGUGGCCUCUGAAACCCUCACAACAAAGCCCCCAGCAGGUGCCUUCUCCCUAUGCUUGGUCUCCCAGGGGCUUGGCCUCUCCRAGCUCUGCCUGCAGCCAUCAGGUUCUCAUCUUUCAGGUGAGCCAGAAGCCCAGAACACCCAACCCUUGGCAGUGGAGUAUUGGCUGUGCCCACGCCCCAUCUUUGCACUGACGUAGCCAGCUGGCUGCUCUGAGCUGGGGCAGGGCAGAAGGCAAAGCACCAGUGUUCCUUGAGCCUGGAGUUUUUGGGACUCUGACCAGAAUUGCCUCACUCGUGCUUUCUUGUACAGCACUGGGAGAGGGUGCUGACAUUCUGAAACGGCAGGACCAUCYCUGGGAGGGGUGUGAUGCCUUUUGCUGGGUUGGUGUGUGAUACUGCUGCUGCCAUGUCCUGAAGGGAAGAAGUUCCUUCAUGGGGCAAUGUUUGUACCCCAAGUACUGCUGCUCUGUAAAUAAAGAUUUGCCUUUGUGUAUAGAAGUUGCCUUUGCAAGUAUUGGGAGAGCUUGGAAGAGUGUCUGGCCAAUGCUGGGCUGGGGGCAAAGCCCAGAGAUUUCAUGCAGAUGGUGCAAGGCCAGGGAACACAUUUCCCUUUUGCUGAGGUUCAGCAUGAUGCUGCCUUGGUGUUUGUGCCAGCUGCAGCUCAGGCACGAGGAAACUCUCACAGGAGCCUUCAUUAAGAUGAAGUGGUUGCACUGCCCUCUUCCCGCAGCUGUGUGUUACAUGACAGCUGGGGCUCCGGGCAGUAGGGGCUG